AUGUCUGGAAACAACAUCAAAGUUGUUUGUCGUUUCCGUCCUCAAAAUUCACUCGAAAACAGAGAGGGCGGUGUUCCUAUUAUCUCCAUCGAUGAUGAAGGAACCAACGUUCAGCUCAAGGGUGAAGCUACUAGCAAUUUUGCAUUUGACAAGGUGUUUGGUAUGAACACGCCUCAGAAGGAUGUGUUCGAGUACUCUAUCAAGAGCAUCGUUGAUGAUGUUACUGCAGGCUACAAUGGUACUGUAUUCGCCUAUGGUCAAACGGGUUCUGGUAAAACAUUCACCAUGAUGGGUGCUGAUAUUGACGACGAGAACACAAAGGGUAUCAUUCCUCGCAUCAUUGAACAGAUCUUUACAAGUAUCAAUGAUGCGCCGAGUAAUAUUGAAUUUACUGUCAAAGUGUCUUAUAUGGAAAUUUACAUGGAGAAAGUCAGAGAUUUGUUUAACCCAUCAUCCGAUAAUUUAGCCAUCCACGAAGAUAAAACGCGUGGUGUUUACGUCAAAGAUUUGUAUGAAAUAUACGUUGCCAAUACGGAUGAAGUGUAUCAAGCAAUGAAGAAUGGAAGUAGUAAUCGUGUGGUUGCUUACACAAACAUGAACGCUGAGAGUUCUCGAUCUCACUCUAUUGUGGUCAUCACCAUCACACAAAAGAACUUGGACACAGGUGCUGCAAAGAGCGGCAAGCUCUACUUGGUCGAUUUGGCUGGUUCAGAAAAAGUUGGUAAAACUGGAGCUUCUGGUCAGACAUUGGAGGAAGCCAAAAAGAUCAACAAAUCACUCACUGCGCUUGGCAUGGUCAUCAACUCUCUCACCGAUGGAAAAUCAAGCCACAUUCCCUACCGUGAUUCAAAGCUAACUCGUAUCUUGCAAGAAUCGCUCGGUGGUAACUCUCGCACUACGCUGAUCAUCAACUGUUCUCCCUCGUCAUACAAUGAAGCCGAAACCAUCUCUACGCUGCGAUUUGGUAUGAGAGCUAAAUCCAUCAAGAAUAAGGCGAAAGUUAAUGCCGAUCUGUCACCUGCCGAACUCAAAGCACUGCUCAAAAAGGUCAAAUCAGAAACAAUCACAUUCCAGGCAUACAUUGCAGCACUUGAAGGCGAAGUUACAGUAUGGCGUGGUGGCAACACCUUACCCGAGGACAAGUGGGUGUCUAUGGACAAGAUCAACAAGGGUGACUAUUCUGCCCUGCCUCCUGCUUCUAACUUUAGAGCAUCCUCCGUUGCAGAAGACGCUUCUCGUCCUACUACUCCAUCUGUUGUUCUGGAAAAAGACGAGCGUGAAGAGCUGCUGAAGCGUGAAAAUGAGCUAAUGGAUCAAAUUGCUGAAAAGGAGACGGAGCUCGCUAACCGUGAAAAACUGCUGGAAUCCUUGAAGGAAGAAAUGGGAUACUAUAAAGAGCAAGAAGCUAUUGUCACUAAAGAGAAUCAACAAAUGACAUCGGAACUGAGCGAACUCAGACUGCAGCUUCAAAAGAUCUCGUACGAGAGCAAGGAGAAUGCCAUCAACGUGGACUCGCUCAAGGAAGCAAAUCAAGAGCUGAUUGCCGAGCUGGAAGAGCUCAAGAAGAACCUUCAAGAGGUCCGUCUUGCCCACAAGGACAGCAGUGAUAACGAGAAGGAGAAGAAGAAGGCGCAAAAAUUGGCCCAGAUUAUGUUCAAAUUGGAUCCAUCUAGUGAGAUUAACGAAAAAGAACGUCAAAUUCGUGAUUCGCUGCACAAGAUUGAGAAUGAAGGCCAUGGCGCUCUCAGCCUGGAAGAGCUGGUUGCUCUUCGUCGUGAUCUGGCAGAGUCCAAAAUCUUGUUGGAUCAGCACAGCAAGACGAUCACUGACAUUUCGUACGAAAAGGAAGUGCUCGAGAAGAAGAAGCUGGAGCUGGAUGCCAAGUUUGGUCAUCUGGAGCAGGAAUACGAGGAGCUUCUUGAUAAGACAAUUGCUGAGGAAGAAGUGGCUGCACAAAAGAAUGCAGACAUGGAAGAAACCAUCUCUACAUUGAAGAGCAAAUUAGAGGCACAAUAUGCAACCAAGAAGGAGAUGCAACAGAAGGAAAUUGAAGAUCUCCAGCAAGAAAUCGCUGAAAAGAAUGAGAAUCUACACAAACUCACUGGCUCUCUGUCGGCUCUCAAGGACGCCAACGAUCAACUUCAGAGUGCCCUUUCAGAUCAGCCUACUCAAGCCCAAAACGGCGACUUGUCAGAGCGUGAAAAGGAGCUGGAACGUAUGCGCAAGAGCAUGGCUAAGGAAUUGGCCGACUUUGAGACCAUGAAGAAGGUGCUGAUGAGAGAUCUCCAAACGCGUUGCGAAAAGGUCGUUGAACUCGAGAUGUCUUUGGAUGAGACCCGCGAGCAAUACAACAAUGUCUUGAGAGCAAGCAACAACAAGGCUCAGCAAAAGAAGAUGGCAUUCUUGGAGCGUAAUUUGGAGCAACUCACCAAUGUGCAAAAGCAGCUUGUUGAGCAAAAUUCGUCAUUGAAGAAGGAAGUUGCUCUUGCAGAGCGCAAGCUGAUUGCUCGUAAUGAGCGUAUUCAAAGCCUGGAGACUCUCUUGCAAGACGCCCAAGAGAAACUGAUCAAUCAAAACCAGAAAUUCGAAGCACAACUCCAAGCUGUCCGUGAGCGUCUUGAACAAGCUCGCUCUCAAAAAUCUCAAAAUUCCAUGGCAUUGAACUUUGGUCGUGUCGCUAAACCUCUUCGUGGUGGUGGAGCUGUUGUUGAGAAUGGUGAAAACUCGCCUACUUCACCCACUGAGAAGCGUGAUAAGCGUAACUCUUGGAUUCCUGGCUUUAUGGGAUCCAGAUAG